CCCCCCAUCGCCGGAGCUCGCAACAAGUCCCCCGCUGCAUCUUUUUUCCGCGCCCAACGCGCCCAAGCACAACGCGUCGAGCCCACCACUUCACUUUGCGCCGCGCUUUUGCGCAUUCACCGGCCUUCCGCCCCGGGUUCGGUUCCCCCCAGCCGUAAAUCGCCUGCCUGCGCGCCAUCGCGACCACCACCCGCGCAAGCCCCAGCCGAGCUCCAUCAACCGCUUUCACUCGGCCGUUCUCUUGCGCCCCCGAUCUGUCUACCAUGCCAUAGCGGACUACCCUGACUGCGGAACGCCAUCUGACUGCCCGCGACCCCUUAUUUUCCUGUCCCAAUACCCCCCCGGUGGCAACAUUCGAUCCUCUGCGUGGACAGUGGAUAGACGCCUUAUCCUUCCAACCCGCAUUAUUUGCAAGCCAUAACAGGACAUUACCCUCCAUUGACCAUGGCGUCCGUACAGCCAUCCCCGGUUGCCGGUAUGCCCGGUCAGCUCUCCGCCAACCUGACCAGGGAAUAUGUGCAACAGACCUUUGCUCGGUUCAACCAAAUGCGCCAGAACGGUGUUCCCGAGACCGACCCCGAGUAUAUCAAAGCUCGUAACAUCCUUGAAGCGGUCCAGAAGCGUAACGCCGUUCAAAAGCAGAGGAUGCAACAGCAACAGCAACAGCUGCUGCAACAACAACAACAACGUCAACAGGGCCUAUUGGAUCAGCAGUCUUUGCAGAAAAACGGCGCGCCCAAUGGGAUGUCGUCCGCUGGAGUGAGCGGAGCGCCGCGGGAUGGCACAACUACAGCGAGCGCACCUGUUGCGAAUGGUCCAGCACCAGGGCUUCAGACUGCUACAGCAAACGCCCAAACUCCUGCAGGGGAAGGACAAACCCCUACAUCAGCCUCUAAUGCCGGCCCGGCGCCUUUCACUCCGGAACAGGUGGCCCUCUUGCGCCGACAGAUUCAAGCGUUUAAGCAUCUCUCCAAAGGCGUUCCUCUAUCGCAAGGUAUACUACAGGGACUGGGACUUGGCGGCGCCCAAGCAAAGAAGCCGCAGACCACCGCUGAAGCUAUAUCGGCCGCGAAUCAAAUCAUCAAUAAUGCUGCCCGCGCCUCUAGCACUCCUGGAGCCGUCGCUGGUGGUCCCGUGAAAAGUGCUGGAAUCAUCCCACGACAACCCGAGACGUUUGAAGAUCCGUGGGGCAACUUCAACCUGAAGCCCAAUCUGACCUACAUUGAUCACACAUACCGUGUGAACCGUCCUUACCUGGCCUCAGUCAUGCCUCUUGGCGUCAAUAUCCGUGAAGCAAAUGAGGUGCGGGAGACCAUCAAAUUCAACAGGAUGUCAGCGCGUAAGGCGGAAUUGGAGCAAAUAAGCGCCAACAUCGGCUCCUGGGACACCAGCAAGUCGGACACGCCAGAAGACAAUGGAAAGGCUAAGCUGGCCUUGCUCAUUGAGCAAAAGGCGCUCAACCUCGUGGAGAAGCAGCGUAAACUGCGGAAACUCAUAAGCAGGGAGAUGAUACAUUCGGAUAACCUCGCCAUGACAGCAAACCGCUCAUUGUACCGAAGAUUGAAGAAGCAAUCACUCCGCGAAGCACGCAUAACUGAGAAGCUCGAGAAGCAGCAGCGAGAUGCUCGCGAAACGAAGGAAAAGAAGAAGCAUCACGAUUUCAUCGAAGCCAUUCGCAAGCACCGCGGAGAGCUACACGAAGCAGGCGCUGCCCAGAGACAGAGGCUGCAGAAGUUGGGACGCCUCAUGAUCACCACCCACCAGAACAUCGAGAAGGAAGAGCAGAAGCGAGUCGAGCGAACCGCAAAGCAGCGUCUCCAGGCUCUGAAGGCCAACGACGAGGAGACGUACCUGAAGCUUUUGGGCCAAGCCAAGGAUACUCGUAUCUCUCAUCUGCUCAAACAGACCGAUGGUUUCUUGAAACAGCUGUCGGCUUCGGUCAAGCAGCAACAGCGCAACCACGCCGAUCGCUAUCGUCUUGGAAAUAUGCCGGAAGAGGAGUCGAGCGAGGAAUCCAGCGACGACGAAUCCGGAGACGAAAGCGCGCCCGGCAAGAAGCGAACCGACUACUACGAGAUUGCUCACCGUAUCAAGGAGGAGAUUACCGCUCAGUCCUCCAAUCUGGUUGGUGGCACACUCAAGGAGUAUCAGCUUAAAGGUCUCCAGUGGAUGAUCUCGUUAUACAACAACAACUUGAAUGGUAUCUUGGCCGAUGAAAUGGGUCUCGGCAAAACCAUUCAAACAAUCAGUCUGAUCACAUAUCUUAUCGAGAAGAAGCAACAGCCAGGACCCUACCUCGUCAUCGUUCCGCUGAGUACGUUGACGAAUUGGAACAACGAGUUCGAGAAGUGGGCUCCUAGCGUCCAGAAGAUCGUGUACAAGGGUCCUCCGAACCAGAGGAAGCAAUACCAGCAGCAGAUCCGAUAUCAACAGUUCCAAGUGCUCCUGACCACCUACGAGUUUAUCAUCAAAGAUCGCCCAAUCCUGAGCAAGAUCAAGUGGGUGCACAUGAUAGUGGACGAAGGCCAUCGUAUGAAGAACGCGAAUUCCAAACUCAGCAGCACAAUCACGCAGUAUUACACCACGCGGUACCGUCUUAUUCUCACGGGUACCCCUCUGCAAAACAACCUGACGGAGCUUUGGGCGAUGCUCAACUUCGUCCUGCCCACUAUCUUCAAGUCCGCUAAGUCAUUCGACGAGUGGUUCAACACACCGUUCGCAAAUACUGGUGGCCAGGACAAGAUGGAGCUCACUGAAGAAGAACAGUUGCUGGUCAUUCGUCGCCUGCACAAGGUUCUUAGACCCUUCUUGCUGAGACGCCUGAAGAAAGAUGUAGAGAAGGACUUGCCGGACAAGACAGAACGAGUCAUCAAAUGUACCUUUUCCUCGCUCCAGGCGAAGCUGUACAAGCAGCUUGUUACUCACAACAAGUUGAUGGUCAGCGACGGCAAGGGCGGCAAGACCGGCAUGCGUGGACUGAGCAAUAUGCUUAUGCAAUUGCGGAAGAUCUGCAACCAUCCUUUCGUCUUCGAGGAGGUAGAAGACCAGAUCAACCCAGGACGAGGCACGAACGAUCUGCUUUGGCGCACGGCUGGCAAAUUCGAACUGCUGGACAGGAUAUUACCCAAGUUCAAGGCCACCGGCCAUCGUGUCCUGAUCUUCUUCCAGAUGACCCAAAUCAUGAACAUCUUCGAGGAUUUCUUGAGACUGAAAGGCUUGGCAUACCUGCGCCUUGACGGUUCCACAAAGGCUGAUGAUCGCUCCGACCUUCUCAAACUGUUCAACGCUCCCGACUCGCCUUACUUCUGUUUCCUCCUUUCCACCCGUGCCGGUGGUCUUGGGCUCAACCUGCAGACUGCCGACACUGUCAUCAUCUACGACUCCGAUUGGAAUCCCUUCCAGGAUCUGCAAGCCCAGGAUCGUGCGCAUCGUAUUGGUCAGAAGAAUGAAGUUCGCAUUCUCCGUCUUAUCACGUCCAAUUCCGUCGAAGAGAAGAUUCUCGAGCGUGCUAACUUCAAGCUCGACAUGGACGGCAAAGUUAUUCAGGCAGGUAAAUUCGACAACAAGUCGACAAACGAGGAACGAGACGCCAUGUUGCGUAUUAUGUUGGAGUCUGCCGAAGCUGCCGACAACCUGGAGCAGGAGGAGAUGGACGACGACGAUCUCAACAUGAUCAUGAUGCGCUCUGAGGAGGAACUCGCCGUCUUCCAGAAGAUAGAUCAGGAUCGCCUGGCGAAUGACCCUUAUGGCCCUGGCAAGAAGUUCCCCCGUCUCCUUGGCGAAAGCGAACUGCCGGAGAUCUACAUGAACGACGACAACCCUGUCGUGGAAGAGAUCGAAGAGGCAAACUUCGGCCGUGGCGCCAGAGAAAGAACUCGCGUGAAGUACGACGACGGGCUUACAGAAGAGCAAUGGCUCGAAGCUGUAGACAACGAUGAUGAUACGAUUGAAGCCGCCAUUGCCAGGAAAGAAGCCAAGAUUGCGAGACGCAACAAGAAUAAGGCUGCUCGGUUAGGUCUCGAUGAGUCUCCUGCGCCUUCGCGCGACAGCUCCGAAGAGCCCAUGCCGAAGAAACGGGGCCGCAAGCCCAAGGCCGAAAAGCGAAAAGCGGACGAGGCGUCCCUGGACGGUGAGCCCGCGCCUCGCAAACGUGGUCGCCCUACGCCGGCCAAGGUUCCUGAGACCUUGUCCCCCGAGGAUCGAGCACUCCUUCAGAAGAUAGUCAAUUCAGUCUACGAGACGUUAAACGAUCUGGAAGAGGAGUCCAACGACCCCGACAUCCGACCUCGCGGCAUCAUCGAUCCCUUCAUCGAGCUGCCGGAUAAAUACGACUGGCCCGACUACUACCACAUCAUCAAGAACCCCAUCUGCAUGAACCAGAUCAAGCGCAAGAUCAACCGGAAGGAGUACCAGAGUCUCAAGGAGUUCAGACGGGAUAUCGCGACCCUGUGCAAUAAUUGCAGGACGUACAAUGAGGAUACGAGCAUCCUUUACCAGGAUGCCAAUCUUAUUGAGAAGACUUGCGUGGAGGAGUUGAGGAAGGAGACCAAGGACCAUCCGAGUAUGCAGGGGUGGGAUGAUGAGGAGGGGAGUACGAAUGGGGUUGCGGCGGGAGGCGUGUCGGGUGCGGGGACGCCUGCGUUGGGGGGUGUAUGAAUGAGCACGUAAUGGAUACCAACUCUGUGAUAACAGUUUGUGACCCCGACAAAGUCUGGCUGCACGUUGCACUUUUUUGCCACGAUACGAUAUUGAAGAAGAUAUGAUUUUGCGAGAUGGAAAAGCAAGGGUUGAAGGGUUGUCAACCUGAAGGACUGCUAGGUCCAUAGGAUUGCGUCAAUGGGGUGGAUUGGGUUUCUCGUAGUAGACUUGCGUUUUCUGGCGUGGCAUGGCUUGCGGAUAACCAUGAUAUUAGUGGAAUUUGCCUUCUGCUUUUUUCUGAAUUGUCCUUGGUAUGACUUGUGGCUUUGAGGGCUUUGCCGGGGGCGUGUCAGGGACGGGAAUGGGAGAGGGGGGAACAUGGUGUCUUAGUCUAUCAACUUUCUGACGGAUGGAUUCUGUAUUGAGUUGUGCGUGUG